GACGGAGGGACGUGUGGGAAAGGAGGCGCGUCUCCACCUUCCCUCGCUCCUUCACGCGCUCUCUCGCCAUUAUCCCCGUGUCGCUCUCCGAGCCCGUGCGUAAUGGGGGAAGCGAAGAUGAACUCUCUGGUGAAGUGGGCGCUCAUCCUCUUCGUCCUCGUCUCCCUCAUCCUCAACGUCGUCCUGAUCGCCAUCCACUCCAACAGGACGCCCAAGUGUUCCGCUCAGCGCGUCCACGCGCUGCGGGGCGAGCACGACGAGCGCAGCCUCGUGUUCGCCGACCUCACGCGGGAGGAGUACCUGCUGGUCCAGCAGUACAUGCUCAAGCAAAAGGACCUGGACAUAUCCACCAACCAGCUCACCAAGCCGUCGCAGAACUUCCUGUUCCUCAUAGACCUCUCUCUGCCAAAGAAGUCCGCUGCGCUCUCCUACCUGGAGGGAAAAGGCCAGAAGCCUCCGAGAGAAGCGACAGUCGUGGUUUUCCACGGCACCAAAGGCCACGUUAAGGAGUACGUAGUGGGACCUCUUCCCAACCCGACCUACCACAGGGAUGUCACCGUGGAGAGAUUCAAGACGGAGCUGCCCAUCAAUGCGCGCACGGUCACCAUCGGGGAAUACGCGCUCCUGUUCGAGUUCAUGCACAGGGAGGUCUUCUCCAAACUCGAAAAGCUUCUGAAAGAGAGCUUCGACGUGGACAAGGGGGGAAUGCUGGACAUGUUCGAGCAGAUGCCCCGCGGUGUGAGCUCUGGGGACAGGAAGACGUGGGUGUCGUUCUUCAGGGAGAUGAGCGGAAUGUACAUCCACCCGGUGGGCUUCGAGGUGCAGGUGAACCACGAGAGCGUGCACGAGCGCGACUGGAAGGUGGAGCGCGUGUUUUAUAACGGCGUCUACUUCGACUCGGUGGAACAGCUUUCGCAGAAGUACGACGAGGGCUCCGUUAAGAAGAUCGUCUACAAGGAGCGGCCGGACUACGGCUCCCUGAAACCCAGGAACCGGCCUCUGCAGAUCGGCCCGCAGCUGUUUUACGCAGAGGGAAAACGCUUCAGCAUCGACAAGAACCACGUCCUGUACAUGGACUGGAGCUUCGCCUUCGGACUGAGCUCACUGACGGGCAUGAGGGUGUUCGACGUGCGCUUCAAGGGCGACAGGAUCAUCUACGAGCUGAGCGUGCAGGAGGCCAUGUCCGUGUACGGGUCCCUGACCCCCGGCAUGAUGAUGACCAAGUUUCUGGAUUCGAGCAUCGGCAUCGGCCGCUUCGCGCACGAACUGGUGCGCGGCGUGGACUGUCCCCACGAAGCCGCGUUCGUGGACACGUACCGCUACAUCGACGCCCCGGCUCCGAUCCGGUUCCGCAACUCCAUUUGCGUCUUUGAGCACAACAUGGGCCAGCCUCUGCGGAGACACUUCGCCGACUUCUUCCACAACAGCUACGGGGGCAUGGCGAACAGCGCCCUGGUGUUCAGGACCAUCACGGCCAUAGGGAACUACGACUACAUGUGGGACUUCAUCUUCUACCAGAGCGGGUCGGUGGAGGCCAAGGUGCACGCCACGGGCUACAUCUCCUCCUCUUACCUGGUGGACGGGAACCUGAAGUACGGGCACCAGGUGGCGGACAAAGUGCUGGGGAACAUCCACACCCACUUCAUCAACUUCAAGGUGGACCUGGAUGUGUUGGGAGUAAAGAAUGUUUUCCAGACCAAAGACAUGCAGUACGUGAACAGGUCCCUGCCGUGGAUGCCGCAGCAGCACGCUAUGGUCCCUGAGCUGGUGGAGAAUCAAGUCAGGACCGAAAAGGAAGCGGCCCUGAGGCACGGCACCAAGACGCCGCGCUACCUGCACAUCGCCAGCAACAGGACCAACCGCUGGGGCCACGCGCGCUCCUACAGGCUGCAGGUGUACAGCUUCGCCGGGGACCACCUCCCCGAGAGCGAGGCUGAGGAGAGAUCCAUGUCCUGGGCCAGGUACAAGGUGGCCGUCACCAAACACAAGGACCUGGAGCAGACCAGCAGCAGCCUGUACAACCAGAACAACAUGUGGACCCCCGCCGUCGACUUCAGCAAGUUCAUCGACGACAACGAGAGCAUCGACAACGAGGACCUGGUCGCCUGGGUAACCGCCGGCUUCCUCCACAUCCCUCACGCCGAGGACAUUCCCAACACGGUAACCGUGGGCAACGGCGGCGGCGUGCUGCUGCGGCCUCACAACUACUUCGACCAGGACCCGUCGGUCCAGUCCGCCGACGCCGUGUACAUGGAGCCGGGCCGAGAGGGCAGCUGCGCCAGCAACAGGAUGGCCUGCCUUGCUCAAGAGACCUGCAGCCCCGUGCUGGAGCCCUUCGAGUACCACGGCUUCGACGGAGUCAUGAAGUUCGAAGACUAGCUCUGAUUCAGGAGCAGACUCCGGGAAGCCGCGAGCUCCGAUUGGCUUCGUCCGGUUUGUUCAUGGAUGCAGAUCAAAUUAUUUGUGCUUCAUAUGUUUAAAAAGUCUAAAAAUGUGAUUACUGUAUGCGAUGGUGUCAUUCUGUGUCUCAGUGUGUUUAGUUGUGAGGUGGAGUCAGGACAGAGCUACUUUCCUGCUUUGACUCCAGCGUCUAGUGUGUGAACGCGAAGCGACUCCGGGUCGGUUCUGAGCUCGAGGCCACAUUCUCUGAUAAACCCUCCACACGAAGCAUCCGUGCUUCGGCCUCGGUCGCGCUGAGGAGCCUGAUUUCCUGCCUGAUCUCACACACAUGAAGACGAUCUGACAGCUGUUCCCCUUUGACUUGAAGUGAACCCGAUCAAACAUGGUCCCAGAGCAGAGGAACGUCUGGGUCGGGGUCCAGCUGUGGCUCUGUUCUGUUUUCUUACACUUUUGCAUUUAUGACAUUGAAAAUGUGAAUUCACCCCAUUUAUUGUUGUUGCUAACGGGGCUCAUGUUGGCAUUAGCUUCAUAUCUACCAGCUGCUUUCUGUGCUGAUGACUGUGGUUCUGGGUGUUGGUAAACACUUUGGGUUCCACCUUCCUGUGAAUCAACCUGCAUCUGGAACCAGCGUGUCUUUUUUUCAACCACUGACAAACACUGUAAUGGAAACGAUGCCAGCUGACAAAUGUGUGUAAGAAACGCAGAUGUUCACCGGCUCCUCCAUAAAUAAAAGAAGAGAUUCUAUAAUUAAGAAAGCGUUUGUGUUUGUCGUAAAUGUUGACUGAUGUGAACCAACAAUACAAAGUAG